AUGGAAAGUUUACAAUCGAAUCUGCCUCAUCCCCAAAUCAUUUCUGAUACUGGUGAAUCUCGAUUUAAUCAAUUAGAGCGGACCCUCGAACAGUUUCAGGAAAAUGCACGCCAUUUGGGAGUAAUCGCAACCGAUUUUGGAGCUCGAAGCCAAGAGCCUUUCAACCAGAAGAUCCAUACGCUAGUAUCAGGGCUGCAGGAGCUGGAUCAAAUGCGUAACCAAUUUGCCGAUGUGAAAGUGCCGCUGGAAUUGCUGGAUGUCUUAGAUCAAGGUAAAAAUCCACAGUUGUACACAAAGGAGGUUCUUGAAAGAACACUUCAGAAGAAUAAAGAGGUUAACGGUAAAGUUGAAACAUACAAAAAAUUCCAUGCUGCACUCCUCAAAGAGCUUGGCGAGGAAAUGCCCGAAGAUACAAUGACUUAUAGAAAUAUUAGAGAUAUUCUAGAAAAAUAG